AUGAAUCCUUGUCAUGAGAGGUAUGGCAAAUAUCCCGGCAGUCUGCUGCUGCUGGCCGCCCAGAAUGGUCAUGAGGGCCUCGUUCGCUUCUUCGUGAAUCACCUCCCGCGGCCGUACCAUGUCGAUCAUCCAGCGGAUCCGGAUGAAGGAACGCCGUUGAUGGCGGCUGCUAAGGGGGGGCAUCUAGCCAUCGUACACCUGCUAGUCGAGGCGGGAGCGAAUCUCGAGGUCCAGAAUCGUAGUCAAAUGACCCCGCUCAUGUUAGCCGCGGCGCAUGGUCAUCAGGGGGUUCUACGGUUCUUGAUGCAACGGGGCGCUGACCCCACUGUGACCCAACCGAACGGCUGCUCUGCCCUGUGCUGGGCAGCGGGCAGGGGGCACGUCGAGAGCGUUCGCUGCCUGCUUGAGGAGGAUGUG